AUAAUGUAAAAAAAUAAUUAAAAAAUUUUCAAAUUAGUAUUAAAAAAAAUCUGCCUUAGCUUUUUAGCUGAAAAUUUGCAAGGAUGUAUUUCUGAGCAUUGUGAACAAAGUUAGCUAUGUGGCAUCUAAAGGAAGGAGCCUUUUUCAAACCCUACUGAUUUCGUCGACUUGUGAUAAUUGAAGGAGCUAAAUGUUCUAUAAAUUCUCAAAAUCGACGUACAGAAUCAAAUGACUGUUCCCUAGACUCGAUAGGCGGUUCUACAGCAUUACAUGUUGCUGUAUCUAUUGGUGACAAAAAACUCGUCGCAUAUUUGGUCGAGCAUGGUGCUGACAUUUAUAUUAAAAAUCAGGCUGGAGAAACGCCAGUUAUGAAUGCUAUGAUUCACUCUCAUAUAAAGCACUAUUUUCAAGAUUAUUUGGUGUGUGGUUAUUCAAAUAGAGAAAAUUUGUCUGAUUUACCGCUAAUGCCGGUUGCUAAGGAAAAUCGUCGAGAGCAGCCACAGCAGGAUUGCUUUUGGGAAUACAGAGCUAUUGAUUUUAACGCCAAUAAUGAUCCUCCGUGGCAUCCGUUUCCAUCGCAGGAAUCAUCUGAAUUACUACGGCAUUUAUAUUGUACAUCACGAACGAAUAUAAGUUUUUACUUGAGAUCUCCACUAGGUCUCUAUUAUAUUGAUUUAGAAAAAUUUUUAUGCAUUCGCGUGUCUGUUGCUGAUUCUACCUAUCCAAAUAUGGCAUGGAUAAGAUGUCGUGGGUCUAGUAUUUUGAACUGUAACUGCUAUUGUGUAUGGCAAAUAUUAUUAAUAAAACAUGAUGAAGUAGACAGUCGUGAACAGAUGAUACCGUCGUUAGAAUUUGAACAGCUGCCAAUAUUUCAGAAGGAAAGAAAUUUACGUUUAAACUCCUGGUACUACUGUGAUGCCAAAACCAACUCAGUGUUAGAUACUUCAAUGAAUUAUAGACGUAAACAGAUUUCUAUCAGUGUACCAUUUAUUGGAGAGAAUUUAAUAUUUAAUCUAUUUGACUUAACAUUCUGCAAUGGAAGCUUCAGUAUUUGUGGCUUCAUUCGAUGGUUACAAGAACCUUCAGUUAUUACAGAUGGAAUGUUGAUAGAGAUAAGUUCAGAUAAAAUCGUGGACGACACAACGGAUACUGAUGUUAGCUGUGCUGCAGAUAGUGAAGAAGACUCUAUUGAACCCAAUGACUGUUCUGGUGAAAAAACAAACAAAAGAAACAACACAUUACCUAUGAGUAUGCAAGAUUUUGAUACACCUGACAAUUUUCCUGUUUCACCAACUGUUGCUCUUGACUGUAAUAACUAUUCUUCUAGCUCACUGUCUGGCUAUGAACAGAUGCAGCGAGAUUUACAAAAUAUUUCAAACACAAUUCAAAAUCUGUUGAGAGAAGGAACUACAUCUUUAUCAACAAGAGAUUGGAUUAAUUACAGAGUUUGUUUUCUGGAACUUUUUAGACAAAAACGUUAUGAAUAUCGAGAAAUAUUGGACAAUAUGAUUAUAACUGGGAUGUUGAAAUUAAGAACUACUAAAUUAUCGCUUGGAGGAAAAACAUUACAAAUGGAAUUGAAACAGGAAAUCGAUAACUGUCUAAAAAUUCAAAAAUUUACACAGAAAACUAAACCAUCUAAAUUAUCAAAUGAGGUUUUUUAUCAUUUUAUUGCAAAACUUAAGUAUGACUUUGAAGUCGGCAUAAUUCAUAAUAGUAAUCCUUCUGGAAAAGAAUUCGAAACUGUACCAAAUGUUUUGAAACGAAUACAGGUAUUUUAUCGAGCUUAUUCAUUACAACUUCCAUUAUAUGAAUCAGGAAAAGAGGUGUUAGCUCAAAUCAAAUCAAAUACAGUUUGUGCCAUUUCUACAUCAAUUGGAUCAGGUGAACAGAGUCUUUCUAAAAGGAAGAAAAAUUUAGAUAUACUCAAUAAAACAAUAAGUUUUAACUUUUGUUUCUUUUCAUUACAUCUGAUUCUAGGAAAGUCAACAUUAUUGCCAGUUCUAUUGAUUGCUGAUGAUUAUCCAAGAGUUAUUGUAGUGCAGCCACGACGUUUAGCUUGUGUAAUGCUCGGCGAUCGUGUUAAUAAAACAAUGGUAAUGGCAAAUGGAAAUGAGCCCCAAUUAGUCGGAUGGAUUGUGAGUGGUGCACAACAGAAUAUUAACGCACCCAUCUUAUAUAUAACAGAUGGUAUAAUGAAAGAACGUUUAUUGUAUGAUGAUAAUUUAUUUGAGAUUGAUAAAAACCAGAAGCCAACAGUAUUUAUUAUCGAAAUACAAGAACGUAACGUCAGCAUCGAUGUCUGUAUAGCGUUAUUUACACGUUUACUCACUGAAAAGCCACAAUUAAGACAAAAAAUUAAAAUAGUUCUAUCAUCAGCAACAUUGGCUGAAAAUAUUUCAAAUUUGUUCACUCGAGUUCCAGAACUCAAUUUUGGUCAGUUUACAAGAUUAACAACGCCUACUCCUUUUAAUAUAGCAAAACUUCUACGUCCAAACGAAAAUUUAUUAGACGUUGUACAGGAACUGUAUAAGACGGAGAAGCACCGUGAGGAUCAAAUACUUUGUUUUGUUUCGAGUGUCUCUGAAGUUCAUCGAUCGUGUCAACUAUUGACAGAACUAAGUAACGGAUCGAUUGUUGCCUAUCCACUCACUCAGUCACAAUCUGUUGCUGAUCAACAGAAGUUUAUUGAACAGGGUAGUGUCUUCUUUUCAACAACAGUUGCCGAAACAUCUUUGACAUUUCCAUCUCUGGUUUAUGUAAUCGACGUUGGCAUGAUCAACAUACCAAUAUAUGAUUUAGAGAAGAAACAAAUGGUCAUAAAAGAAGCGCAUGCAGCUGAAUCAACCAUAGAGCAGAGGAAAGGAAGAUUAGGACGAACAAAACCAGGUGAAUAUUAUGCAUUAUACAACUAUAAAGUCGAAGAUAAAAAGUGUCCAACACCACAAAUAUGUCAAACAAAUUUAAUUGAAUUAGAAUUUUCUCUAAGAAAAUCGCCAGUGAAAUAUGGCUUAAAUUAUUUGAAAAGAUAUCUACCCGAUCCACCAACUGAACAAGGGAUUCAAUUAGCUAUUCAGGAACUUAAGAAAACAGGUGUAUUAACAGCCGACGAAAAAUUCACACCGGUUGGUACUGCAUUAUCAAAAUUACCCAGUUUCAGUUCACUAGCAUUGGCGAAAUCUGUUUUUACAGCACUAACAAAAUAUAAUUGUGGUGGUGAUUUAAUCAUUCUAUCGUCAAUUUUACAUGUACUCAAUACAUCAACGAUAUUAAAAAUUAUUCCAGUAGAAAUGAAGUCUUCUGAUGGAGAUUUUAUGACGCUAAUCAAUCUCAUGAAACAAUUAUUGUUAGUAAAACAAAGUAUACCAUCAAAACAAUUCAGUGUAGAAACAUUUUGUCGUGAGUGGCUACUUAUCCAAAGUUGUUAA